AUGUCGAACGGAUAUAAUCAGUAUCCAUUUCCAUACUCUCAAUGUCCAACAUCUAGCCAAAUGAACCUCAGCGACCAAAACUUAACAGUUCAACAACUAGGAUAUUUUCCACAACAAAUGCAAAUGGGACCACAUCCUGUAUCACAAAUUCAGCAAAAUUUCGCUCCAAGCCAGCCAAACCAGCCAAUGCAGUUAUAUCAACCUCAAUACCAGUAUUCAGUCCAAAGAAAAAAUAACGACGACCAAAGGCAAAAGGACAAUGACGACGCAUUAAUUAGUAAAAUUGAGAAUAGGGAAGAACAGUCGCAAGACGGCACAAUAGAUGAAGAUGAGCAGAGAAAGUUUGAAAGGGAAUUGCUACAACGGCACGAUCAACAGCCUAAACUAAACAGGUCGGGUGCCAUAAAGCAUUCGACACUUGUAGGGGAAGAAAUUAAUACAAGAGAAGAAGAAAAAGAGGAGGAAGAGAAAGAAGAGGAAGAUCCCUCGGUGAAAAUCCUGGAAGCGAAAGCCCUCACAGAAAGUCACGAAGAAAAAACGGAACAAGAAAGGGGAGGAACUUGGGAAGAUAUAGAGGAGAGUGUUUUAACAGCCUUCUUGUUCGACGAAGAGGACUGA